AUGACAGUUGGAACCUCAGCUAAAUAUAAAUGGAACCAUGGAUCAUUCUGUCCGGAGACGCCAUGUGUGUGCUGGAAUCCAGAAACAGCAGAUUGUACAUAUCGGAACCUUAGAUCUAUUUUCUUUGAUCUCCCCUCCAGUAUUAAGACAUUAAUUCUAACAGGAAACAAGUUUUCAAGUGUGUUGGAUGAUACGUUUAUUAAUUUAAUUAAUCUUAACAUUACAAGAAUAUCGAUGGACCAUUGCCGUGUGAAUUCCAUUUCCCGUCGAGCAUUUGAGUACUUUGAACAUUUGAUUUUUCUGGAUUUAUCUUACAACAGUUUAACAUUUGAUGAUCUUGAAACUGCCAUGUGUUCUCUUAAUAGGUCGCAUCUUCAAAUUCUCAAUAUUUCUGGAAAUGACUUGUUCGUUAAUCCCGGUUUUCCGACGUUAGGUUUCUUUAAGUGUGUUUGGCUCAGAGAGUUAACAGAAGUUGUUAUGACUGAGGGUACCAUGGAAAUGCCCGAUUUUAGAUUAUUUUCCAGCCUGAAAAAACUUGAAAUCUUAGAUUUACGUAAGAACGAAAUCUCUUAUAUUAAACAAUAUAAUCUUACUAAAUUAAAGAAUUUAAAUUUAGCUGAUAAUAAGAUACAAGAUCUGCCAUUUUUCCUAUUCUCUAAUUUAAAAGUAUUAAACAUGACAAAGAACAAACUAUCGGUAAUAGACAAACUUCGAGAAAAUGUAUCUCUGCCUAAACUUGAAUACUUAAAUCUAUCUGAUAAUCCAAUUACCCGAAUACAAUCUUCAUCUUUUGACCGAUUGAAAAAUUUAAAAUCAUUAAUAAUUGACCACAUCAAAGAAACCAUUGUAGAUAGCUAUACCUUUGCAUCUGAUUCACUAGAGAUUCUUUCUAUUGGCAACAUUGCAUAUUUCCCCACAAGCAUUUUUAGUAACUGUCUUAAAUUGCAAUCUUUAACUAUAUUGAACACCGAAUUUUCUGAUAAAAAUUUUACAGAAUUUAUACUGCCAUUGAAAAGGCUUCAUACACUUCGGAUAUCUCACAGUAAAAUCAAAUUUAUUCCUACUCUGCAAAAUUUUUCAAGAUUAUUACAUCUGGAUUUAAGUCAAAACAGUCUCAAGAACAUCCAAUCAAGUGUAUUUGAUGAUCUUAAAAGUAUUCGUAGCAUCGUAUUGCAUCACAAUUUAAUUUUGUCAAUAGACUAUAUCUCAUUUCCUUCUUUUGUUUGGAAGAACAAAGCGAUUUCUCUUGAUCUAUCCUCAAACCCUUUUGAUUGUGGCUGCCAAGUAAUAUGGUUUGUAAAAUGGUUAAGAAAUAACAAAGAGAGAGCAGAAAACUUUCCUGAUUCGUACAAAUGUGUUUCACCAAGUGACAAGCACGGUCUUCUCGCCAAUUUUGAUGCAUCAGAUUGUUAUCGUCCAAACCAAUAUUUAAUCCUUUCAUUUACAAUCUGUGGGUGCUUAUCCAUAAUGUGUUUUACAGCAAUUAUUUUAAGAAAACUCCGUUGGGAUAUAAAAUAUUACAUUCAUAUUUACAAAACUAGGAAACCAUCGAGAUACAAGCGUAUAUUGGAUGACGAAUUCCUUUAUGAUGGGUUUGUUGCCUAUAACACUAGUGACAGGCAGCGGAUUAUGUCUGAACUUAUAGAAAACUUAGAAAAGAAAUAUAACUUUAAACUUUGUCUGCAGGAAAGAGAUAUCCUUCCAGGUGGCAUUUUCGUAGAUGAUAUCCAUCAUAGCAUUGAAGCUAGUCGUAAAUUUAUUUUGGUUUUGUCUAACAAUUUUAUGAGUGAUCAGUGGUGUAGAUAUGAGGCAUUAAUUGCAAAUCUUACAGUAGUAGAUGGAAGAUCUGAGAAGGUGCUUAUUGUCCUGCUUGGAGAAAUAAGUUCCCAGUAUAUGACCAAUUCAAUGAAAACUCUGAUGAAAUCAACCGUAAAUCUAGAGUGGACGGAGAAAGCAAGCGGGAAAAAGUUGUUUUGGACAAGAAUUCAAAUUGAAAUGCAUAAAUAA